AGGUUGACACCUUGUCUUUUCUUCUCUGCGAUGCAUUGACCUUCUCCGCACGCAAUCUCGUUUCUAUUUCCAUGCUUCACUGAACCCUGAAACCAUUUCAUCCGCAUAUAUGGAAAAAGUGAAAUCGUUAAUAAAAGCCUUCACAGCAUAAAUUUCAAUCUUUGCCGAUACCCACCCACCUUUCGAUUCGUUUCAUUCUUUAUUUGCCGAAUCUCCUUCUCCAUCCCCAUCCAAUACCAAAACUGCAAAACACCCAGUUUUCCUCUCUGUUUUCUUCCAUAAUUGAAUAGAGAGGAAGAGGGGUUUGUUAACGUUCUUAGUUCUCCCCAAUUCCAUGGAAAAGCCAAUUCUGUUCCUACUUAACCUUCUCCUCUGCUUUCUCCAAUUCAAUGGAAGUUCUCUGAGACCUUCGAAAGUAUACGGCACGGCAGACGGAUCAGAGGAAUGGGGCUACGUCGAAGUCCGGCCGAAGGUGCAUGUGUUCUGGUGGCUGUACCGGAGUGCGCAGAGAGUGGAGAACAGUUCGACUCCAUGGCCGACUGUGUUAUGGUUGCAGGGAGGGCCGGGAGCUUCAGGUGUUGGUAUUGGAAACUUUCAAGAGGUUGGACCGUUAGAUACCAAUCUGAAGCCUCGGAAUUCGACUUGGCUGCAAAGAGCUGAUCUUCUUUUUGUGGAUAAUCCAGCUGGGACUGGGUAUAGCUUUGUAGAGAAUACUUCCUCUCUUGUGAAGACUGACGAGGAGGCAGCCAGCGAUUUAACCAUUCUUCUGAAGAAACUCUACAAUAAUAAUGAAAGGCUUCAAAAAAGCCCUCUUUAUGCUGUAGCAGAGUCUUAUGGAGGGAAGUUCGCUGUUACUCUUGGCUUGUCAGUUGUGAAAGCUAUAAAAUCUGGGCAAUUGAAUCUUACCUUUGGUGGAGUAGCGCUAGGAGAUAGUUGGAUUUCCCCAGAAGAUUAUGUGGUUAGUGUUCAUUUAUCCUGGGGGCCACUGCUUAAAGAUCUCUCGAGGCUUGACAUCAAUGGAGUAGAGAAAUCUAACAACUUAGCUAAAGUAAUCCAGAAGCAAAUUUCAGAAGGGAAGUAUAAAGAAGCAACAGACACGUGGAGCCAACUUGAAGAUGUGAUCAGUGAAAAUAGCAACUCCGUAGACUUCUACAAUUUUUUGCUCGAUGCAGCUAUGGAUCCGCUCUCUGUGACGAGCGCCGCAUCAACGACAGCAGCAGGGACGGCAGCGGUGAGGAUGACCAUGAGAGGGUACUCAAGAUAUCUGACCUCCAAGGCUAUUUCUACGGACAGUCUUGAGGAUCUCAUGAAUGGUGUCAUCAAGCAGAAGCUGAAGAUAAUUCCCAAGAAUGUGAGCUGGGGUGGACAAUCUGAUCUGGUCUUCGGUUCUUUGGAGGGUGAUUUCAUGAAGCCAAGAAUAAAUGAGGUUGAUGAGCUGUUGUCCAUGGGAGUCAAUGUAACAAUUUACAGCGGACAGAUUGAUCUGAUUUGUGCAACAAAGGGCACGGAAGCUUGGGUCCAGAAGCUCAAAUGGAAAGGCUUGCAAAAAUUUAAUAAUGUAGAGCGAGAGCCCAUAUAUUGUGAAAACGAGAUAGUUACAAGAGGAUUUUUCAAGUCCUACAGCAAUCUGCAUUUCUAUUGGAUACUGGAAGCAGGGCAUUUCGUGCCAGUGGACCAACCUUGCGUUGCAUUAAGGAUGAUUAGUGAAAUCACACAAUCUCCAGCUAAAAGCUCUUCUGCUGCAUUUUAGUAUCUGAAACAGAUGCUGAAAUUAAAAUUUUUAUCAUAUUUGAAAUUCACCAAAAAUAAAGAAAUAAAAAUUAUAAAA